AUGGCAAGGGAUCAACUACAAGUGUUAAAUGCACUUGACGUGGCCAAGACGCAAUGGUACCAUUUCACGGCUAUCAUAAUCGCCGGAAUGGGAUUCUUUACCGACGCUUACGAUCUCUUCUGCAUCUCCCUGGUCACGAAGCUCCUCGGUCGUAUUUACUACCACGUGGAAGGCGCACAAAAACCUGGUACUCUGCCUCCCAACGUAGCAGCCGCCGUCAAUGGCGUUGCCUUCUGCGGGACCCUCGCCGGUCAGCUCUUUUUCGGGUGGCUCGGUGACAAGCUCGGGAGAAAGAAAGUUUAUGGUAUGACGUUAAUGGUCAUGGUCCUUUGUUCAGUAGCCUCUGGUCUCUCUUUCGGACACGAGCCAAAAACUGUAAUGGCCACGCUCUGCUUUUUUCGGUUUUGGCUUGGAUUUGGCAUCGGCGGGGACUACCCUUUAUCUGCAACGAUCAUGUCUGAAUACGCGAACAAGAAGACUCGCGGGGCGUUUGUCUCAGCGGUCUUCGCUAUGCAAGGGUUCGGGAUCAUGGCUGGUGGAAUUUUCGCUAUUAUAAUUUCCUCUGCUUUUGAAGCUAAGUUCCCAGCCCCUGCCUAUGAGGAUGAUCCCUUGGGAUCCACGAUUCCUCAAGCCGAUUUGUUCACAGUUGCCUUCAUCGACGUCAUUGGAAGAUUCGCUAUUCAGAUGAUGGGCUUCUUCUUCAUGACGGUCUUUAUGUUUGCUCUGGCUAUUCCUUACAACCACUGGACUCACAAGGAGAACCGAAUCGGAUUUGUUAUCAUGUAUUCGUUAACAUUCUUUUUCGCCAACUUUGGACCCAAUGCUACAACCUUCGUUGUGCCAGCAGAGAUCUUCCCAGCCAGGUUCAGAUCAACCUGCCAUGGUAUCUCUGCAGCAUCAGGGAAAUUAGGAGCAAUGGUUGGUGCGUUCGGGUUCUUGUACUUAGCUCAGAGCCCUGACAAAGAGAAGACAGACGCAGGAUACCCUCCAGGGAUUGGGGUAAGGAACUCGCUUAUUGUGUUGGGUGUGGUUAACUUCUUAGGUAUUCUCUUCACUUUCUUGGUGCCUGAAUCUAAAGGGAAGUCACUAGAGGAAAUGUCCGGUGAAAACGAAGACAAUGAGAAUAGCAACAGUGAUAACAGAACAGUCCCAAUAGUUUAGUAGGUGAUACAGUACUGCCUUUUGUAAUAAUUAUCUCCUUGUCUGUAGAAACUCAAGUUGUUCAUUGUGUGAUCCGUUGAUGCCUAAAUGCCAGAGAAAUCAAAGUUUUCAUGAGUCGAUUUCUAAUAAGAUCUCUGAUGUGAUACCUCGAUAGGUAAGUUCUUAAUAAAUUGAAGACUUAUAUUAGAACC